UUCCCCUCAGUUUGGUGUCACACAUGAUGUUGCUGAGGGUGCUAAUGUUCUAUCGUCAAUCAUUGAUGACAUUUUUAAACAGCCCCAGUAUUGACCCAUGAGGUACAUCAUGUGUAGCUGGUUGUUGAUAGUCUUUGAACCACUGAUCACUGUUGUUUAAGCCCAACAGUCCAGACAGUAUUUCUUCCUUCAGGCAGUCUUGCAGUCAAGUCCAUACUUUCCUCAUUUGGCUACUGGGAUACGAGAGGAAGCUGUUCUGAGAGCUUUGCUGAAGUCAAGUGUGUUCUAGGACUAUGGCUUCCAAAACCCCAGUUGGAUUCAUUGGGCUGGGUAACAUGGGAAAUCCAAUGGCAAAAAACCUGGUGAAACAUGGAUAUCCAGUUAUUGCAUAUGAUGUGUUCCCAGAAGCUUGCAAAGAAUUUCAAGACUUGGGUGCUCAGGUAACAGAAUCCCCAGCAGAUGUAGCAGAACGAGCAGACAGAAUUAUUACCAUGCUGCCUUCUAGUCCCAAUGUGAGAGAAGUUUACACAGGAGCAAAUGGAAUUCUAAAGAAAGUGAAGAAAGGCUCAUUGCUAAUAGAUUCCAGUACUAUUGACCCAGCAGUUUCAAAAGAAUUAGCCAAAGCUGUUGAAAAAAUGGGAGCUGUUUUCAUGGAUGCCCCAGUUUCUGGAGGUGUUGGAGCUGCUCGAGCUGGAAACCUUACUUUCAUGGUUGGUGGAGUGGAACAAGAAUUUAAUGCUGCCAAAGAGUUGCUAACAUGCAUGGGUUCUAAUGUGAUUUACUGUGGAGAGGUUGGAACCGGACAGGCUGCAAAGAUCUGCAACAACAUGCUCUUGGCCAUCAGUAUGAUUGGAACUGCUGAGACUAUGAAUCUUGGAAUCAGAUUAGGCCUUGACCCAAAGCUGCUGGCCAAAAUCCUAAAUAUGAGCUCAGGUCGCUGUUGGUCAAGCGAUACGUACAACCCUGUUCCUGGAGUGAUGGAAGGAGUACCGUCUGCUAAUAAUUACCAAGGUGGCUUUGGAACAACACUCAUGGCUAAGGAUCUUGGCUUGGCCCAGAUUUCUGCCACUAACUCGAUGACACCAGUUCCUUUGGGAUCCCAGGCACAUCAGAUCUACAGGAUGAUGUGUGCCAAAGGCUAUGCCCUGAAAGACUUCUCAGCUGUGUUCCAGUUUUUACGUGAGGAGGAAACCUUGUGAGCUGUCCUUUGGAAAUGGACACAAUAACAAAACACAUUCUUUUAUCCUUAUAGCUCGUUUGAGAAGUUUGUGGGUUUAAUCAAGUACUGUGCAUCCUGCUCCCAUACAGACUAAUCAUCUUUGGUUGUCUAGAUCGCAGCAAACUCCAGAGUUUCGUCAUAAUUCUUGAAAAAGCAAGUCACAGGAAGGAAUUGUUUGGCAACAGCCAACAGCAAGUCCUUUUUUCUUUUUUUAAGAACCAUCAAUUUUUUUUUUUCACUAGAUGCAGUAAAUAAGAAUUUUUUUUAUUAAACACUUAACUGUUUGCUUUUAAAAUAACUUACAUUAUGGCUACAAAGGUAGUUGAAUCAUGAAUAAUAAGAGAAUGUUUUAUUGUGAUUUUAUCAUAUAUAGUGAUCUAUUAAAAUUUUAAAUUAAUACUUUAUGGAAAAAGGGAAUAUUUGUUCAAUGAAGAAACACAGCUUGAUAUGGAUAUUUUUUUUUUUCCUUGGACCUACUAGCCUUGGGUUGAUCAGAAGUGAAUUUGUCCUGGGAUUCAGGUUGCAGAUUAAGUUUAUAGGCACUCGUUCUAAGUGGAAAGCUGUUACAGCAUGUUUACCUGAUAGACUUAGUUAAAAUAAUACAGAAUGUGUGUCCCUCUUGUAAAGUUCCGUUAUUGUAUUUUGCUAACCCAAUUUUAUAUUUUCUUGUAUUCUGUCGCACAUUUUCAGAACCCAAGAUGGGCACUUAGCAGAAGUUCUAACAAAGUGUACAUUCGUUUUAGUUAAUUACUGAAUUAUUUUAAAUCUAAACGAACCCCAUUAUUUUGAAAAGAAAUAAAAGCUAUACUGGUAAAUA